ACCCAAGAAGUUGAGUGACCCCUGAAUUAAACAUAGCGCUUCCGCUCGUGCCUUUAUUUUGAAGGUUAAAACCAGAAGUGAAUUGAACAAUCAGUCGUCUUGCCACUGUCAUAACCGCCACACGCCAAAGCGCCACAUCAAUAUAUCCAUAUUUCACUCAAUGUCGUAUUUGUAGCCAUUUAAUAUCAAGAGUUAUCGAAGUGAGCGAACAUGAAAGGAGGUUAAAUUUAAAAACAACAUGACGUCAUCUUCGCGGUGUUCGCUUGACUAAUCCGACCUCCAGGAGCAGGGCGGGCGGGCGGACACCCUUCACUCCACGGGCUUAGCCGGCUCGCUUUGCCGGACAUGUUGUAGUUUGUCCCGUAGACGUCCGUCCCGUGCAGGUGUGUCCAGGCUGAGAGGACGUCGUCAUGGAUUUGACGCAGUUGGCGGUGGAUGCUGGUCAGUUCAUCAACCGGGCCGUCCAGUACACGGAGGAGAGUCUUGGACAGGCCGAUAAGACAGAGUUGAACUCCGGCCUGGAGGAGCUUCUUACCCGGGCAGACACCACCAAGACUUGGACGGACAACAUCGUCUCUCAGACGGAAGCCAUGUUGCAGCCUAGCCUAGCGGCACGUCUUGAAGAGCGACUCUAUGAACACCUGGACUGGCCCCGCCCCCUUCGCCCUCACGCUCAUCAAGUCCUGGGAGAGCAAAUGAUGGAAGCUGGCUUUGAGAUGGGCAACAACACCCCUUAUGGCAGAGUGCUGCUCAGGUGUGGUGAGACCCAGAAGCAGUUUGGUGAGGCCCAAAGACAUUUUGUCCAAAGUGCCAACAUUCACUUUGUGACUCCUCUGCAACAUUUUACUAACUGUGACUACAAAGUCAUCCAGGAGGCACGCAGGAUGCUACUCAACAAGCGUUUGGACUUGGACAUCGCCAAGAGUAGACUUAGGAGAUCUCACCUGGCUCACCAGGAGUCCACGAGACUCAACAACACCCGGCAGGACGACUACAUGUCCUUCAUGUUCAGCUGUGUGCGAGUUGGCUGGCUGAAGAUGUGGGCUCAGGAAGUCUCUCAGGCGGAGAUGCAGCUGAAGAUCUGUCAGUCCUCUUUUGAUCGUCACACACAUGUGACACGACAACUUGUGGGAGAGUUACACAACACACAUGUAGGUAGAAACACACACAUAUAGUCAUAUUGUGGGAGAG